AUGUGGUUGAUGAAACCAACCUCUCAGGAACACAGAGAUAUUCUACACAAGCUCUCUCCAGCCGCAGCAGGUGAGCUGUCUAUUGAUGACACAGCCACACCAACAAGCGAGUGGUCCCUAAAUGCCAUGGAAAUUGUGGCUAAGUUUACCUUCAGGGUGAAAGGACCCUGUAGCGGGGCCACAAAAGACAUGGGGAAAAUGCUCGGUGGAGAGGAGGAGAAGGAUCCUGAUGCUGCAAAAAAAGAGGAAGAAAGACAAGAGGCCCUGCGACAACAGGAAGAAGAGAGAAAGGCGAAAUAUGCAAAAAUGGAAGCAGAGAGAGAAUCGAUCCGACAGGGCAUCAGGGAUAAGUACGGCAUUAAGAAGAAGGAAGAGAAGGAAGCUGAAGCCCAGGCAGCCAUGGAGCAAGCCUCUGAGGGCAGCCUGACCCGCCCAAAGAAGGCCGUGCCGGCCGGCUGCGGGAACGACGAGGAGGAAGAGGAAGGCAUCAUGGACACGGUGAUGAAGUUCCUCCCGGGUCCGCUCCAAGAUAUGUUCAAUAAAAAGUAA